UUCCUUUCAUACCAUUAAAAAAACAAAUAGCAUCUUUAUGUGUAUCAAAAGUGAAUGUACGCGUAACUUUUUUUGCAUGCGCAAACGGAAAUGAGGAAAUAGUUUUAAUCCGGUCUUAUAUCUCGAUAAAGUUAAGAGUCUGGAUGGCCGGCCUUGUCACAGCAAGAGUAUCUGUAGAAAACAAAAGAAUGCUUCUAAAGAAGCGAAGGGACAAAGGAAGCGAAAGGAGAGUAGCUUUCACGGAAGAGCUUCCACAAAGGGAAGCAAAGAGAGAGUAACUUCAACUUUUGAAUGGAACUGAUUUAUACUUUUGCAUGAGACGCAAACUUUACAUACACUUUUCAUUGAUUAUAAUAAAUACUUGUGCAUCGGACACAGACUUUUCUAUAUACAGUACUUUGAUAAACAACAAUCAAAAGUUUGGACAUUAUUCUUUUUGGACAUUGUUCUUUUUUAUUCUUCAGCUUUUUCUCCACGUCUACCCUAUCCUUUAAUAUCCCAAUGACUUAUACUCAUUUUUGCGUAAUUUGGCUUCGUUUUCUUCUUUAACAAUGGACUUAGUAAGAUUGAUAUAGUAUUUGGUUCACUUGUACAUGAAAUACCUUCCUAGGUAUAAAGGAGAAAGUACCACUCCGUGGUUGUGAUAAUGAUUCCAUAAAAAUAGUCAUAUUCCUUCCAAUAACGUCAUCAGCCUUUCGUUUCCUCUAUUGGUUUGGUAAGUACUUUCGCAUUGUAUGACAUUCGAUCUGAUGCUGUUUCCCCUCUGUAAUAGAUCGAAAAAAGUUCAGGAAUCUUCAACCUCUCGCACAG